AUGGCCGAAGUUGACUUUAAGCAAGCAAACGAGAACUACGCUGCCAGCUUUGGUGACAAUGGUAAAUUAAGCAUUCCACCAUCCAAGCACCUUGCUGUCGUGACGUGUAUGGAUGCUCGCCUUAAUCCUGAGCAAUUCCUCGGCUUGAACCUAGGGGAAGCCCACGUUAUUCGUAAUGCUGGGGGCCUUGCCAAAGAAUCUCUUCGCUCCAUCAUCAUUUCACAAAGACUCCUUGGAACUAGAGAUGUGAUCGUCAUUCACCAUUCCGAUUGUGGAAUGCUCACUUUUUCCGACGAGCAACUUCGAUCCAAGAUCAUCAACGCACAUCCAGGAGAUUCCGAUGUGUCCGAGGCAGUAAAUGACCUGCAGUUUGGACCAUUCCCUGAUUUAGAUAAGAGUGUGAAAGAUGAUGUCGCAUUCUUGAAGAAUCACCCGCUUGUUUUGAAAGAAGGAAAAAUCACCGGAUGGGUGUACGAGGUUGAGACGGGAAAGAUCAGACAAGUCGCGUGA